AUGAAAAAGAAAUUUCCCUUUUGGAAAGUUUGUUUGUGUUAUCGCAGCUUAACACGUCCGCGAUCCUUCCGGAGCCCUAAGAAAGGAAGAUGAAAGUCCUGCUCCGACAGCUGACCGUGAAAAUUGUCCCAUAAUGAAGCGUCAGCGGGUCAAAGCAGUGCCGAGUAGUAAUCAUGUUUACGUGGAGGAACCAUACACGGCCGAGUAUUCAGAUUUGCCACUGGCGCAACACAAAGCACCACCCGUAGAAAAAUGGCUAGAAGCGCAAAUACUACCCGGUGAUACUUUGCAAGCUAUAGCGCUGCGAUUCAACUGUUCGAUACCACAGUUGAAGAAGUUGAAUAAAAUUGACAAGGACAACGAAAUCUACGCACGUAACGUGAUUCGUGUUCCGGUGACACCACUCUCGAUACUGCUGGAAACACUUCCGCGUGUACACUCGAGCGGGAACAGUAGUCCGAAAAACAUCACACACACUCCACCGAAUGUGAGCCAUCAUGUUCCUGCAGUUACGAAAGCUACGCUGGACGAAAAACUCAUUCUUGCCGCCGUAAGCAACGCCUCGAUUCAACCGAGCAGUAGUGCUAUUACACAAUUCCCAAAAAAGUCUUCCGGAAAACACAGGGACGCACGAUCGAGUGAGAUAGAACUUGAAGACUUGCACGGCGAAGCGGACUUCGAACGAGAUGAGCUUUCGAGCCAACCGUUGCUACUCAGCGGCGAAUAUGACGAUAGUGUUCCACAGCCGCGCUCACUCCGGCUACCGGCAAACGACUUUUCGUGCAAUGGAAGCGAUUGUGAUAUUUCCUGGAUUUGUUUGCUCGUCUUUAUCCUAGCGCUAUGCUUUGCAAUUCCACUUAUUUAUGUAGUGUAUGUGGCGGAACACAUAGACAAGUACCAUCACGAUAGUUUUAACGUUAACCACAGCUCCAAAUUGUCAAACUGACCAGCAUUGAGUUUGUUGUUUUUAAGUAUCUGAUUUGUAAACGGUAUUCUGUGUCCUUGUUGGAAACGAACAGGGUGUAAAAGAGACGAUAUACUAUCGAAGGAUUUAUUGCGAGCGGUGUCAAACAUCUGUAUAAAGAGUGCCUUUUGCAACUGUUGAUUAGCUCUUUAAAUAAAAUGAUA